AUGAGUGCUUUAUCUGCUUACAAACCCGUUGCCACAUCGGAAAAGAAAAGUGGUGCCGUGUCAUUCUUGUUGGAUUUGGCGGCUGGUGGUGUCGCUGGUGGUAUCUCCAAGACUGUCGUAGCUCCUAUUGAACGUGUGAAGCUUUUGCUUCAAGUGCAGGCCGCAUCGACUCAGAUCAAGGCUGAGGACCAAUACAAGGGUAUCGUUGACUGUUUUGUCCGUGUGUCCAAGGAUCAGGGUGUAAGCUCUUUGUGGCGUGGUAAUUUGGCCAAUGUCAUUCGUUACUUCCCCACCCAAGCGCUAAAUUUUGCCUUUAAGGACAAGUUUAAAAAGCUUUUCAUGGAUGGUGUGACGAAGGAACAAUUCUGGCGUUUCUUUAUGGGUAACUUGGCUUCGGGUGGUGCUGCUGGUGCCACUUCAUUGCUCUUUGUGUACCCUCUUGACUUUGCUCGUACUCGUCUUGGAGCUGAUGUUGGUAAGGGCAAAUCCCGUCAAUACACUGGUCUGGCCAACUGUCUAUCGACGAUUUACAAAUCGGACGGUCUCUCGGGUUUGUACCAGGGCUUUGGCGUGUCCGUUGGUGGUAUCAUCGUGUACCGUGCUGCCUUCUUUGGUGGAUACGACACUCUUCGUGACAUUGCUCUGAAUGACCCCAAGAAUGCCCCUGUGUGGCAAAAGUGGAUGGUCGCCCAGACGGUCACGUCCAUGGCUGGUAUGAUCUCGUACCCUUUCGACACGAUUCGUCGUCGUAUGAUGAUGCAGGCUGGUCGCAAGGACAUUCUGUACACGUCCACGGUUGACUGUGCGAAGAAGAUUCUCAAGAACGAGGGAUCGGGUGCUUUUUUCAAGGGUGCUGGUUCUAACAUUCUCCGUGGUACGGGUGGUGCCAUUGUAUUGGUGCUGUACGAUGAGUUCAAGAAACUUAUCUAG